CAAGGACUGGGGCAAAGAGCUUGUGUCUAUCUUCUUGAUUGGAAGGUCACAGCUACAGCCACUUGGAGGAUUACAACACUGUGCAUAUCUUUGUGAGUCGGUACAAAGGCCGACAGUCACUGAAGUUGAUCUAGAAGCUCAGGAGCAGCGGGACUGGAGGUGAGCUGUGAGUGGGAUCGCGAAUUCCAAGAAGGAUGAAUGAAUGCGUGGAAGAAUCCAAAGUCCGGGAGCGGAAGAAGCAAUCCAAAGAAAACAGCAUGCAAAAUGCUGCAGCAAAUGAUUCUGCAGAUCAUGGCAAUGACCUCGAUCACCCAAUUGCCUGGAAGAAACAUAUUGAGGAUAUGAAGGUAGAAUUGUUGGAUCAGUUCAAAGGUCACCUGAGCGAGCUGCUAGACAGAGCCGCGGAAGAAUCCAUUGAGUCCUAUUCACACUAUAAACAAGUGACAAAGUCCCAGGAGUCGGGACACAGGAACAGGGGCAAGAACAUUGCAACAUUGAAAGGAAAAGUCUUUGUGAAUCGAUGCUCGAUCCUCGACGAGCUGUUCGAGAACCCCCACAUUAAGACGAUAUACCACAUGUUCAUCGCCCUCUUCAUCGUCUUUGUUGUCAGUACCAUGGCGGUCGAGUUCAUUGACGAGGGAAGGCUCAUCCUAGACUUUGAUAUGCUGGUGUACGCCUUUGGGAAAUUCCCCAGGGUGUUUGUCACCUGGAUCUGCCUCUUCCUCUACACGCUGACUGUGCCCUACAAAGCUCUAGACAUGUGGGGCAGCUCGUACCAGCUGGCCAGAUACCCUCGCCUUGCCACCCUGGCCCUGGGCUUGGUGCUGGUCGUGGGCCAAGUCUGCGUCCUUGGAAUCUACCCGAUCUACGCCGUCAUUCAUUACCAGUUGCCCCCAGCCUCGAGGUUCAUUGUGAUCUUGGAACAGCUUCGAUUAGCGAUGAAGAGUUACUCUUACAUACGGGAAAAUGUUCCCAAAGUAUGGAAGGCGAAACGAUCGCAAGGUGAAGUGCUUCAGAUGCCAGCGUUCUCCUGCUACCUUUACUUCUUGUUCUGCCCCACCCUCGUCUAUCGCGACUCAUAUCCCAGGACUCCAAAGAUCAGAUGGAAGUACGUUGCCUUGAACUUUGCUCAGGUCCUUGGCUGCCUCUUCUACUUGUACUUCAUCUUGGUGAGGCUCUGCAUCCCAGUGUUCACCAACAUGAGCAAACAGCCAUUCAGCACCAAGACGCUUGUCCUCUCGAUAUUCAACGCCACCUUGCCAGGAAUCUUCAUCCUGCUCCUCUUCUUCUACUCCUUCCUCCACUGCUGGCUGAACGCCUUUGCCGAGAUGCUCCGCUUCGGAGACCGCAUGUUCUACAAGGACUGGUGGAACUCCACCUCCUUCGCCAACUACUACCGCACCUGGAACGUGGUCGUCCACGACUGGCUCUACAACUACACCUACACCGACCUGGUCUGGAUACUGGGCAAGAGGUUCCGCGUGGCUGCCAUGCUGUCUGUCUUCAUCCUGUCUGCCGUGGUUCACGAGUACGUGCUGACGCUGUGCCUGGGCUACUUCUACCCCGUCAUGUUCUGCCUCUUUGCCAUCUUGGGAGUAUUCUUCAACUUCAUCUUCAAUGACAGCAGGACGGGCCCCGGCUGGAACAUCAUGAUGUGGGUUUUCCUCUUCAUCGGCCAGGGCAUCCAGGUGUGCCUGUACUGCCAGGAGUGGUACGCACAGAUCCACUGCCCCGUCACUGAGAGGCAUUUCUGGGCGUUGGUGACUCCUCGCUCCUGGUACUGUCGACCAGAGGCCUAAGCUGAUUCCUGAUGUUCCCCCGUGGUUGUGUUCAUCAGAGUGAUCGCUUGAGUGAGAGGCUUUGAUUCCACGACACUCUCUGUGUCAUUUAUGUCAAUUCAUCAUUUCAUCACCCAUUCAGCUGCGCCUUGCCCCCUGAAAGGUCCAUCAGAGCCACUAGUCCCAUCCACCUAGUCCCAUCCACCAAGUCCCAUCCACCUGCUCCUACACAUGCACCUGUCCAAGUCUCUUUUAAAUGUUGUUAUACAACCUACCACAACUACUUCCUCUGGCAGCUCGUUCCUUACACCCACCACCCUCUGUGUAUAAAAAGUUCCCCACCCCGAGUUCCCCUCUCACCUUAAGCCGAUGUCAUCUGGUUCUUGAUUCCCCUACUCUGAAUAAAAGAUUCAUCCGAUCUAUUCCUCUCAUGAUUUUGUACACCUCUAUAAGAUCACCCCUCAUCCUCCUGCACUUUAAGGAAUAGAGUCCCAGCCAGCUCAACCUCUCCCUGUAGCUCAAGCCCUCGAGUCCUGGCAACAUCCUCGUAAAUCUUCUCUGUGCCCUCUCCAGCUUGGCAACAUCUUCCCUACAGCAGAGUGACCAAAACUGAACAACAAUGCUCCAACUGCAGCCUCACCAAUGUCUUGUACAUCUGUAACAUAACAUCCCCACUGGAAUACUCCGUACUCUGCCUGUUGAAGGCCAAUGUGCUGAAAGCUUCUUCUUGUGGGAUAUUUCCUCAGUUGGGCAGAGCAAUUCCUUCUCUCCGUUCCUUCUCUCCAGAGAUGCUGCCUGUCCCGCUGAGUUACUUGGGCAGAGCAAUUCCUUCUCUCCGUUCCUUCUCUCCAGAGAUGCUGCCUGUCCCGCUGAGUUACUCCAGCUAUUUAUGUGUCUGAACUCAUUCGCAGGAUGAGACCUCCGCUCAGUCCGUCUUAACUCACCUGAUGCCCUGGUUGCUAAACACUUUAACUCCCCUCCCAUCCCCACACCGACCUCUCUGCCUGGGCCUCCUCCACUGUCAGAGUGAGUGCCAGCACAAAUUGGAGGAACGGCACCUCAUAUUUCACUUGGGCAGCUUACACCCCAGCGAUAUGAACAUUGACUUCUCUAACUUCAGAUAGCCCUUGCUUUCCCCUUCUCUCCAUCCCCCUUCCCAGUUCUCCCACCAGUCUGACUGUCUCCGACUACAUUCUAUCUCUGUACAGCCCCCCCUCCCCUGACAUCAGUCUGAAGAAGGGUCUCAACCCAUUCCUUUUAUCCAGAGAUUUUGCCCGUCCCGUUACUCCGUCUUUUUGUGUCUAUCUUUGGUUUAAACCAGUGUUUGCAGUUCCUUCCUAUUAAUAAUACAACUCUACUUUGAUGCAGAGCCGUUUCUGUACAUUGAUCGAAGGUUGUGAAUGAGGCCGUGAGAAUGUUUUUUUUCUGUUUCUUAUCACGGGAUGUUCUGUGAAAUAAAUUCUCCAGAUCUCUCACUUCUGGUGUUUGAUGCUACUGUUGAACCUACUGACUGGAGGCUGGGAUCAGAGGACAAGGCCCUCUCUGUGGUGCAGUCAGGGUAGGACGAGCUCUCACGAACAGAUGCAUGGCAAGAAGGUCAUCAGUUCAUAAGUGAUAGGAGCAGAAAUAGGCCAUUCGUCCCAUCAAGUCUACUCCACCAUUCAAUCAUGGCUGAUCAAUUUUUCCCGCUCAACCCCAUUCUUCUGUCUUCUCCCCCAGUAAACGUUGGAGCAGACCCAAUCAAUCAAUCAGGUUUAUUCAUCACAUAUACGAUGAAGUGCAGUGAAAUGAAUUUGCCAGCAGCGGUACAAUCAAAAAGAACAC